AUGCAUGUCCCUAGUUCAGAAAUCAGAACCAUUAGACAGAUACCUUGCUUGGAAGAUGUAGGCAAGCUCCAACUCUUGCAUCAGAAUACUCCUGCCCUAGGCCCCAGCCGCCCCCCAGGACUUCAGUGCAGCCCUGGAGUACACCCAUCUCCCGCCCUAGAUGGGGCUCCCCCAACUGGCGGGAACCAGAGACACUGCAGUGCGACACCCUGCAGGGAGCUGAAUCUGAAGCCCCGGCUUGAGAUCUAUACAGGCCCUGCGUCUUUGCGCCCCCACCUACCCGUGCAGAAUCUCCAGUCUCCAGCGCCUGUUUCCACGUGUUCCGAAGCCCCAGGUGCCGCUGCGCUGGCUCCAGAAGGCAAGAGGCCGAGGGUCCCAGAGCGCUCGGGCUACCGCCGCACCACGUGUGCUAUGGGGACUGGCGCGGGUGGAGCGGGCCGGAUCAGGCUCCUCCACCCCCACCGCAAACCCGCUGCCACGCGCCCUGUCGCCGUCCCGCAGCAAGGGCCGGCCCAAGCCUCGCGGGCGCGCAGGGACACCUUCUGGACAGCGCUGUGGACACGGUCUGCAAAGGAAACGUGCUCACAGGUGCCUCCUCCUGGACGGCGGCGGCGGAGGCGGCGAGCGGAGCCGGGAGCAAGUGUGGAGAUGGGACCUCUCCGAGAGAGCAAGGUAAGGGGACCGGGUGUGCGUGUGGGCACGGUGACAGGGUCCGAGGACGCUUCAGUAAAUGACAAGGUGGGUACAGCUUGCCUAGUAGAGAGUUAGGUGAGAGAUGGACCCUGGCGUCCAGAGUCCAAGCAAUGAAGGGAGAGAGGUGUUGGGUACAUCAGGAAAGCAGAGGGUCAUCUGAUGGUUAUGGGAUGUGGCAGAUGGGGAGCUGGCACUACAGGAAGAGAUUUGGGGGAUUAAUAUGAGGAUUUAAAAGAUUGACUUUAGAGGGUUAAUCCUAGCUCCUGACGCUAUGACUUGAGGUGAAGCUUUUAGCUGGUGUCAUGUGUUUGCCUGAGUGUGUGAUAUGCUAAAGGAAUUUGGUGUGUUCGUGACUGAGAAAUAAAGACUGCAGCGUGACAGUGACCCAGCUCAAGAGUCUGCAGUGUGCCAAGCAGAGUGGCUGGCGUGGGAUACCUGCUGGGUGACUGAUGGGCUGGACAGAUCCAGAGGCUGGGUGUGGCUUGCAGCCCCAGGAUGGCAUGGAUUCCUGAGCCAAAUUCCGGGCGGCUGCAAGGGGUUUUCCCUGUGGAGGCUUCGCUGAGGUGUUGACUUUGGCCUUGACCCUUCCUGGUAAGCUUAGGAAAUAAGCAGGAGGUCAUGUUGGGGAAAUGGCAUUUGCGACUUUAGCCAAAGCCCUCUU